CUCCAUGAUCUUAACCUACAAUAUUUUGGUGGAAAAUAAUCGUUCGAAAAUGGAGCACAAGUUACUUUACCUUAAUAACUAGUAAUUCGUAAUUAUUUAUCUACAGACAGUAGACAGCAUUUUAUAAUAUACGUAGCAAAUGUGUAUUUAAUAAACGAUACGUGAGUUUAAAAUAGAAAGCAUAAAACGUGAAAUAUGGAUGCAUAUGAUAUUUUUAAAAAAUUGACAAGGGGAGCUAAAUUUUCAAAGAAAAGUAAUGUCAAGUUAGAAAAGAAGCAAUUAAAUGAAGAUAUUAAAAUAAAAGUUGAGAAAGAGGAAGAAACAUGCAAAAAAUCCAAUACGUUAUCCAGAAAGGAACAAAAUCCUAUUACACUAUUAAGCGGUUUAAAUCCUACAGAGAAAAAAGGUAAAAAACGAAAGAAUGACGCUCAUCAUAGUGAACAAAAAACGAAAAUAUUGAAGAUAGAAGAGAUAAACCAUUACCGAAACAUAAAUAAUAUUAAUGUUGUUGGCCGACAUGUACCAGAACCCGCAAAAUCAUUUGAUGAAUUCAAAGUUGAUGAAGACAUUAUUGAGAACUUGAAGAAGUGUGGUUAUGAGGAACCUACACCUAUUCAGAAACAAGCAGUACCCUUAAUGUUGGAGGGAAGACAAAUUUUAGGAUGUGCCCCAACAGGUUCAGGUAAAACAGCCGCGUUUCUCGUGCCCAUAAUUCAGACUUUAAAUGGACCACGGCGAGAAGGAUUUAGAGCUCUAAUUUUAUGUCCGACUCGAGAGCUUGCUAAACAGACCCAAAGAGAAUGUGUCAGAUUAUCCGAAGGCAGAGGCUUUCGGAUACACGUUAUCAGUAAAAUAAAACAAGCAUUGACCCAGUAUGGGCCGAAGAGUUCAAAGAAAUUUGACAUCCUUAUAACCACACCAAAUAGAAUAUGCUACUUGUCGAAACAAGAUCCUCCUGCUAUAUCAUUGACUAAUAUUCAGUGGUUAGUAAUCGACGAAGCAGAUAAGUUAUUUGAAUCGGGAAAUAGAGGAUUUUGGGAUCAAUUGAGUGAGAUUCUGACAGCUUGUAAUGGAGAAAAUCGCAAAAUAGCAAUGUUCAGUGCUACUUAUACACCAGCAGUAGCCAAGUGGUGUGUUCACAAUAUGAAAGGUUUAGUUAGAGUUACUGUAGGGCAAAGAAACUCCGCUACUGACUUAGUGGAUCAAGAAUUACUUUUUGUUGGGAAUGAACAGGGAAAAUUGUUAGCUCUACGAGACAUUAUAAGGGCUGGGAUAAGUCCCCCUGUUCUUAUAUUUGUACAGAGUAAGGAAAGGGCACAACAGUUAUUUAAUGAACUUAUCUAUGAUGGAAUUAACGUUGAUGCUAUUCACGCCGAUAGAACUCAGUUGCAGCGAGAUAAUACAGUCAGAAGUUUCCGAGAAGGUCAAAUUUGGGUUUUGAUAUGCACUGAACUCAUGGCCCGUGGUGUUGACUUUAAAGGUGUGAAUUUAGUGAUAAACUACGACUAUCCUUCGUCUGCUAUAUCCUACAUCCAUAGGAUAGGCAGAGCUGGCCGUGCAGGAAGAAGAGGAAAGGCAGUUACUUUUUUUACAACAGGGGAUACGGUUAACCUUAGAAGUAUUGCUCAUGUGUUGAAACAAUCUGGGUGUAAAGUGCCUCCUUAUAUGUUGACGAUGAAAAAGAAAAGCAGGAAGGAAAGGAAACAGUUAGAAAAAAGUGCUCCUAAGAGGGACGAAAUAAUCACUAAGCCCAUAUAUGAAAGAAAAAAGUGGAAAAGACAUAAAAAGAAAAAAGAAUAAUUUUUUUUAAAUCGUUUUAUAAUAAAUACGUAUUAUGAUAUGCUUUGAAGUCUUUUGUUACUGAU